GUGGCAGGCACAGCGUCACUGCACACAAGGUGUGUGGAUAGGCAAAGGCUUUGUCGAACCUUCUUCAUUUAUACUCCCGCCCACGAACGGGGGAAAAGCGCAGCGGUUGCUGCGACUAGAAAUUAAUUUUUCUCCCGAGCAACAGUGAAAGCCUGUUGAGGAGGGGAUGUCUGACCGGGAAGAGCGAUGCUUGUGCUGGGUGCUGAAGACGGUCUGUGUCUGGGGAGGGUGAUCAUAGGAUGGAUUCUGCAGCAAGGCCGUGAGUACAGAAGUACACUCGGGUAGGGGCAGGGGCGAACGGGCGUGCGUCGGUUGCUUGAAGUGCACUGCAGUUUCCGCUCGCUGAGUUUAGAUUAGACUACCCCCAGACGCGGAUUGCCAACCUUGUGCGCUUUGCCGUUCCAGGAGAUGUGCAGCGGCGGUUCGUAGAUAUGUAGAUUUCGCUCGCCUUAAUGAACGAGAUACAAGAAGCUACAAGAUUGAAUGUACCAACGGGAUCAAGCCAUUAAAUCGGGGCGAGGCAUCGGAGUGGGAAGGUGGGGAAGUUUGGUUCGUAUCUUCAGGAUGGCCCAAUGCGGCAAGCGACCACUGAUGCUUGUCACCACCGUCUGUUCUACCGCGUCCUUCGCGCUGCUGGCUAUCGCCAUGGGCACGGACUUCUGGCUCUUCUCACAGGAGGCCAUGUUUACACCCAGGCCAAAUGGAACCGUCAAGCUGGCUGCCAACUCCGGGCUGUGGAAUGAAUGUAUCAGGAGACAAGAUGCCAAGAAGUGCAAGAGGAUUGACUGGUUUCCCGACGAUUUUGAAUUUGACAGACAUUCUACGGAGUUCAUACUACGCACGAUCCGGUCGACUGGCGCCUUCACCAUUGCCAGCCUGGUCAUCAAGCUGUUGGGCGGGAUCAUCAACAUGGGAGCCUUGUUCGACAGACGCCGACUGGUGCUGAGUCUCAUCACCGGUGUCGUGGAUGUCAUCGCAGGUCUGUGCAAUCUGGUGGGGCUGAUCAUCUUUGUUUCCAUGCUGCACAAGCCUCACGGAGAUACCAGCAACUCCAAGUACUUUUUCGGCUGGUCCUUUUACUGUGCUGCAGCCUCCUUUGCCGGGAUGGAGAUUUCGGGGGUAUCAGCGGUGUACUGGUAUUCGAAACGAGAGAGGGAUGCUUGGCGUCAUUUCUGCGAAGAGUCGCCCGCGAAGGAAAAAAGCCUCUUCGCAGAGAAAAUUGACAGUCUCAGGCAUAGGACAGAGAAUGCCAAAGAGUGGCCUCCAUACGCGGUAGACAUCGACGAUACAGCUGCUGCAUCCGGGGAUAUAUCCACGUACGAGUUACCGCUGCGAAAUUUCUCGCGAGACCCCACGAGACAGACGUACGCGUCCAGUCAGCCCAUGCUGGCAGACUAUCCCACAACCUCUCGCGCGGGGGACGUUUACGUCUGUGCACGUGACCUGCUGGACUACAGGCGGCAACCAUCUCCUCCUGAUCCCGAUAUAAGUGCAAGACGGGCAUCCUUUGGUCAAACUAGACACUUGUCCAUAGAGGAAUAUCUGGAACAGAGGUCUCCCGGGUUUGAAUACAUUGAUCCUUCGUCGCCAGCUUUCGAUUUUGAACCACCGUCUCCUCCUGGCAUGGACCUGGAGGCGUCCCCUGCCAUGUCCUGUACGUCCAGGCACACGUUCCACGGGCGCGGCUCGAUCACGGAGGACUACCUGGAACCACCUACGCCUGAGCCCAGAUGUACCCGGGCAAACCGUCGGUCGUCACUGCCCAGGCAGCAUUCAACUCCCGUGUAUCCCUUUCCUGAGUACAUGGAUGUUCCGAUUGACUUUCUACGAAAAACCACGCCAGUUUAAAGUAACUAUUGAAAAAAUGCAAGAACUAGGGUAACCAUGGGACCAAGAAGCAUCACACGUGACCUGUCCGUCCGUGGGCUGGCAGUAUCCGCCAGGGAGGCCGAUCAGGUGCGGUCAAAGUCGUAUGACCAAAGGUGCACGUACGUAGAAACCGCAGCGUCGCAUGAAGAAUUCAUCUUAGACUGUGGUCAUCAGACACGUUGUGUUGACUGUCCUUCAGUUAUCACCAUUGCAAAGUACACUGUGCACCGCUUCAUCGAUACAUCUGAAACGGCUCCAUCCCUCUGUUGUUCCAACGUGGAAAGUGCUGCAUAAUGCAACAGCGACGGUGCCAAUUCCCUUCGCAUUGCUCAAACACUGAAGCUGUUUUGAAGACUGAGAAAGAUUUGAAAGUAUCAUGCAGCUUGGCGCUGGCAUUGCUGGCAUUACCCUCUGCUCUAUUGAUGCGCGAUUUUCAAAAGCUUUGAUACCAUUUCAUUGUGCAGUGAAAAGAAAUAGAGAUCAUGAAGGAUGAACAUGCAAUUUUAUAGUCGGGCGGUAGCUGCAAAGCUGAUCCCUCUGUGAAGUCCCCGGAUCACCGAGAUCGGAUUGCUGCCAGUGCAACUUUUACAGGGUUCAACCUCUGACUCUUUGGUCAGUUACUAAUAAUAGACUAGAGUUAGAAGUUAGAGAGAGAACCUUCGAGGUGCGACGGCAAGGACUCUUUUGACUUUGUGAUAACUACUGCAUAAGUUGAAUGUAAUUUAAGCAUUGACAAUUAAAGUAUUGACCCCAUUCCAAUGUUGGGAUCACCAUGGCGAUAUUUGCGAAGUCUGUAAAUUGUAACCGCAUGCUUGUUUGUAUCAUUUCAUUUUUCUCCACCGUGCCUGGUAUCGGAAUUUUCUAAUAAGAAUCUAGUAAUUUGAUUGACAAAUUUUAUAUGUAUCUAUUUAAGAUCUAUUCUUAAAUGUGAGCGUAUACCGAGUAGUAAGUGUGCAAUACAAUAGAUAUAGAGAUGGCCCCUUGUAGAAUAUGAUAUGUUUGUGAGCCUGUCUGUGGAAUUUGGUGCUACGUAACUAAAUAAGUGAAGAAAGGCCUCCCUUCUUAUACCAAGCAUGAACCCUGUCCUGCAAUGCCAAACGGUCAAACGACAAUGAAAGGCUGACCACCUACCUAAUGUUUAUACUAAGUUGGACCUAAAACGUAAAUCUUGGCAGUUGAGUGUUGGUUUUACGAGCCUGUAAAUCGGUUGGUUUCAGUUUGAUGAGUUCAGCAGAAAUCUACUUUAUAAGAAUUUCUGAUGCCAUAAACUGAUUUUACAAUCCA